AUGAAACUAUCACUCCUUACCUUUGCCUUGGGCGCGCUCGCGUCGAACGUCGUAGAAGACAAUGUUCAGGCAAGCCAUAACAACUCGUCGAGUCCUAACCCAUGCUCCGUGCCUGAGAGAGAUAGCUGCGCCUUUUACAUAUCCUGCCUCGAGGCAGCAGUCAAGUGUGGCCCCAAAGGCUACGCCAUCGCCUACGGUGACCACUACUGCAACGAAUUCAACCCUGUACUGGUCAAUUUCUCCGACCAAGGCAAGCUCUGGGUCAGCGAUGCGAGGUACUGCCUACAAGAAAAGCUGGUACCCUACGCUACCGGGCAGAAGAGAGCUAGCUGCAGAGAGAUCGAAGCGUACGCCUUUGCAUCACAUCCUCCAUGUUAUCUCGACAACGGCCUCUGCAGCCUCCCGCCCUCGGACUGGCUGGUUAUUCUCCGGACGGUGGGGACCAAGGGGUUAUUUGGCAAUAUAGGCUCGUUCAUUGCAACGCUCAAGGCCGCUGGUGGGUGUAUUGACUUUUAUUUCUGGCUGAUCAGGAAUCAGGUCAUCGGUCUGGAGGACGACUGGGACAUACAUUUGCGUUGA